UUACCAUAGCAACGGCACAGUCCAUAUAGCUAGCUAUACGCUGUUAGCUUCCAACUAAAGCGUCCAAAAUAAGUUGUUUACGAGGAGUUAAACGUUUAUUAGAGAAAAUAAAAUUCUGAGACGUUUUGGCUUAACUUCUUGGCUUGUCUUAACGGCAAAACUCUUUUAGCUGAACUGCUGUAUUUCAUUAUUAUGAGCUACAUGGGAGACAUACGGUGGUAAACUCCAGAGGCAGACGGUGCACAAGGUCGAGAUGUGGCUCAUUGGUUUGUCUGGUGAGGAGUGUGACAGCGUCUUAAAGGGCUCCUGAGACGAAGAUUCGUAUAUCAAAGACGUGUGGAGACAGCAUCUUCCAACACCACAGGCCUCACAAAUGGAGUCUUGACAGUUCAGGAUGGGUCUUCCUGUGGACAACCCGGACGGAAACGAUGGUGCACAUAAACACGAGCAGCAGGGAGAAGGAGAGGGGGGCGAGAGCCAAACCGAAACCCUCACCUGCAGCCCGCCGCCCAUCAGCAAGAAGAGGAGAAAAGGCAAGAAGAGACUGUGGAUCAACCUCACCAACUGCAAAUAUGAAAGUGUGCGACGCGCUGCUCGCAGAUACGGCCUCAGAGAGGCGGUGGAGGCCGAAGACUGGACCCUUUUUUGGACCGACUGCUCUGUGUCUCUAGACCGCGUUAAGGACAUGAAGCGCUACCAGAAAAUAAACCAUUUCCCAGGGAUGAGCGAGAUCUGCCGCAAAGAUUCACUGGCAAGAAACAUGAACCGCAUGCUCAAGCUUUUCCCCAAAGACUACAACGUCUUCCCCAGAACGUGGUGCCUUCCUGCAGAUUACAGUGACUUCCAGGCUUACACCAGGGCCAAAAAAAGCAAGACAUACAUCUGUAAGCCUGAUACCGGUUGCCAAGGCAAAGGCAUCUUCAUCACCAAAUCAACUAAAGACAUUCAGCCUGGAGAACACAUGAUCUGCCAGGUUUACAUCUCCAAGCCUUUCAUAAUUGACGGAUACAAGUUUGACCUGCGUAUCUACGUGCUGGUGACGUCAUGUGACCCGUUCAGCAUAUUCAUGUUCAGGGAGGGACUGGCUCGCUUCUGCACCACUAAGUACAACGAGCCGACACACAGCAACGUGGAUGACGUGUGCAUGCAUCUCACCAACUACUCCAUCAACAAGAACAGCGAGAACUUUGUCCGCGACGAGGACACCGGCAGCAAACGAAAACUGUCCACCCUGAACAAGCUCCUGGAGUCCUUCAGCUGCAACACUGACAAGAUGUGGAACGACAUCGAGGACAUGAUCAUCAAGACUCUGAUCUCUGCUCACCCCAUCCUCAAGCAUAACUACCACACGUGUUUCCCCAACCACACCACCGGCAGCGCCUGCUUCGAGAUCCUGGGCUUCGACGUGCUGCUGGACCACCGGCUCAGACCCUGGGUGCUGGAGGUGAACCACUCCCCAAGUUUUACCACCGACUCGCUGCUGGACCGCGAGGUGAAGGACGCGUUACUGCACGACACCCUGGUCCUCAUCAACCUGGGCGCCUGCGACCGCCGCAAGAUCACCAAAGAGGAGAGACGCAGGGUGAAGGACAGGCUGCAGCAGAACAGCUCCAGAGAGGCCAGGUCGGAGGAGCUCCGUCAGUGCCAGGCUGCCUCUGUGGAGCAGAUGGAGAGGUACGAGGCCAAACACCUGGGAGGCUUCAAGAGGAUCUACCCCAGAGAGGGAGGAGACAAAUACGACAAGUACUUUAAACACAGCAGCUCGCUCUUCCAGGAGACGGCAGCGUCCAAAGCCAGAGAGGAGUGUGCCAGGCAACAACUGCAGGAGCUGCGUCUGAAGCAGGAGCAGAACGAGCAGAGGGGAGGCCAGAGGAGGAGAGACUUGCAGGGGGAGACAGCGGGGGAGAGAGCCAAACCCCGCCGAGCACAAACACAACCCCCCAAGUCAAACCCACAGCCGCUGCCUCUGUUCAGUGUGUCGGCAGAGCCCGAAGCCGGAGGAGCCCGAGAGGAGCCGCAGGACGAGGAGGAGGAGGAGGAAGGGAAGGAGGCAGAGAUGGAGGAGCAGGAGCGAGUGGUUGCUCUCCUCCAGAGGAAGAAGCUCCUGCAGGACCUGGGGGUGGUGGACCAGAUCCACCGGCUGCUGCAGGGCCGCACAGACGGAGACGGAGUCCUGCAGGACGGCCACCAGCAGGGCAAGCAGGCCCACCACAGACCACAGCAGAUGAAGUUUGAGGCUCUGACACAGCUUUCCAAAAGGACAAAGCAGCAGCCCUGCACUCACACGUCUCGGCAGGCGCCGCAGAUCCAGGCCAGUGCCAAUUCUGCACACAUCCACUCCCACAUGACUCAGCAGUGCCUGUUCAGGCCCCCGCUGGACCACAGGGGCCCGAACGAGUCCGAGGCCGAGAGCCACAACAGGGCCGCAGAAACACGACGGACCGCCAGCGCCCGGCGGAUCCUCUGGCCAGUCAGCGGCAGCUCCUACACCGACACCCGGUCCCGUCCCAGCAUCCCCAACAUAAACCACGUCCCCCACGGAGGCCUGCGCUGCCGUGCCUACACGUCCCACGACCCCGCGGCCCUGCAAAGCCUCCUCGUCAUCUCCACUCGCGCCCCCCUGGUCAGGAGGCCUGGCUUCUCUCACAUGGUCCGCAACCCCUCCCGCAGAGCCCCCCAGCACGGUAAAGGGCAGUGA